AUGCGACAAUAUGGCCGCGUACUUAUACUAGAGAAAGUGUAGUUCCCUAAUUUCUGGAAUAAGCUUAUGUAAAUUGUUAUUAAAUAUAGGAUCAUGUCAGCUAAAACGAAAGUGUGCAGCCACUGUGGCAGCAGUGAUAUCGACGUCGACACUGCGCGUGGCGAUGCAGUCUGCACCAACUGUGGCUCCGUGUUGGAAGAUAACAUCAUAGUCUCCGAGGUCACUUUCCAGGAAAAUUCAAUAGGAGGAACAUCUGUCCUUGGACAGUUUGUAUCUUCUGAAGGGGUUAAAUCGAGCACAAUGGGUGGAAGCUUUCACCAUGGCUUUGGAAAGGAGUCUAGAGCUAUCACUCUACAAAAUGGUCGUAAGAAGAUCAACCAGCUUGGCUCCCAAUUGCAGCUAAAUCAGCAUUGUCUAGAAACAGCGUAUAACUUUUACAAGAUGGCCGUCGGGAAAAGACUUACUAGAGGUCGUAAGAUAACCCAUGUCAUCUCUGCCUGCCUCUACCUGGUGUGCAGAACGGAGAGCACUGCCCAUAUGCUUUUGGAUUUCAGUGACAUCCUGCAGGUGAAUGUGUAUGAGCUUGGCAAAACGUAUCUGAAGUUAGCGCAGGAGUUGUGUAUCAAUGUACCAGCUGUUGACCCAUGCAUCCUGAUCCCACGAUUUUCUCACAAGCUUGAGUUUGGUGACAAGACGCACGAUGUAAGCAUGACAGCUCUUCGUCUCGUACAGCGAAUGAAGCGUGAUUGGAUGCACGUCGGCAGGCGACCGUCGGGGCUCUGCGGGGCUGCGCUGCUUGUUGCCGCACGAUUGCACGACUUUAAUAGAACCCAGAAGGAUGUUCUUAGGGUUGUGAAGGUCUGCGAUGGAACGUUACGAAAGCGGUUGAUAGAGUUUGAAAGAACACCAUCCAGCAAGCUGAAACUAGAUCAAUUCAUGGACAUAGACCUAGAGGAAGAACAAGACCCACCAUCCUUCACAGAGGCUCGUUGGAAGGAUAAAAUUAGCAAGCUUGAGGAGAUGUGCAAGCUUACAGAAGUUGAGGGAGAGAUCAGUACAUUACAAGAAGAAUUGGAUCAAGCAUUAGAGAAAAAACCAAGAAGAAAUGACAGCUCAUCAACUUUAGAUACGCAAGAUGAUGAUGCCCCAGAAGAUGAGUUAAACGAGGCGCUGGGUUCAGAGGAAGCAAGCAAGGAGGCUACAGAGUUUGUUCAGCAGGAAACGUUACGGCAGAUACAUGAAGAUUUGGAUCUCGGGAACUACAUGUUAGAGACUGCAGAUGAAACCUGUGCAUCUGCGCAACAACCACCGACAAGCCACAUUCCGACUUCCUUACAACUAGGUUUUGCUGCUGAGGAUGGCCCAGGACCCACUGCAGCCAGUCUGGGCAUAAAAGAGUCGAUAGUUGCAUGUAUGAGGGUGGAGCCAGGAGAAGUUGCAGAAGAAGAGGAUGGAGAAUUGGAUCUCACAGGUAUAGAUGAUGAUGAAUUAGAUAAGUUUAUUCUCACCGAGGAUGAGGUGAAAGUAAAGACAGACAUCUGGACGAAAGUAAAUGCGGAGUACUUGCAACAACAGAAAGAAAAAGAAGAGCGGGAAGCCAGGGAGAAGGCAGAAGGAAUCACAAAACCUGAACCGAAGAAGCGGAAGAAGCCGCGAAAGAAGCAGCAGAUGCAGGCGAGCACUGCAGGCGAGGCGAUCGAGAAGAUGCUGCAGGAGAAGAAGAUAUCGAGCAAGAUCAACUACGAGGUGCUGCGGGACCUGAACCGCGCUCCGGACGUGAAGAAGACGGAGGCUGCGAGCGUGGCCGCUGUGCUCAGCGGCUCCCUCGACGUGACACCUGUCAGGAUAAAACGGGAAGCAUCCUCUGUGCAGCAAAGGUCAGCGCAAAAAAUGAAAACAGAGGAGACCAUAGUUGUUGAAUCGGGACCAGUCCAGUACGAACCAGAUGAGGAACAAUAUCAUGGUGAGGAUUAUGAUGAGGAGGACGAGAUGGAGGAACACAUCAGUGCAGCACAACUACUUGGCCAUGGAGUUGCAGACGAGUUAUAUGACGAGUAUGACGAAGCAUGAGGAGAUGCACCUUCAGCCAGUGUUUUUCGCUGCUGGCAACAUGCGCCUUGCUGAGAUUACUGUGUAUGUACAUACAUAUAUAUAUACACACAUUCAAUUUAAAUGACAGUUCAAUGUGCGAGAAAAGAAAAUCAACGCAUGUUGUUAAGACGCGUACCCGAGUGUGUGACAAUUGUGAGAGUUGGGACGUACAUCACCAGAAAUUACAUGACAUGUUUCUCUUGCUUCACAUGUUCAGAAAUGGGCAAAACCUGUUGAUUGACGCCUUACAAGUAGUGAUAUAGGUGGGACUCCGAAUGUAAAAUAUGCUACAUAUACAUACGCACAAGCAUGAAUUUAUAGGUACUAUGUACAAUUCAGCUGCAAGAUCUGCACAUAGUUAUUGGCUUGAAUUGAACCAAUGCCUAUACUAUAGCUGUUUGUCAUAUAUUUGCAGAACAUAUAGAUUAAUGUACAGGAUAUUGUAAAUUGCAUGUUCAAGUACACUAUAGUAGUACAUAGGUACACUAUUCAUUGGCAGGUUUUGUUUUGUUUUGUUUUUGUCCUUAUUAGGUGUUUAUUGAUGCAGUGUUGUAAAUAAUCAUAAAUUAUCAAUCAAUUCAAAUAUUUUGCUGUAAAAUUGUGCCGAAUUGGCGUUUUUAUUUCGCAUGUAAAAAGGUUCAUCUUUAUUAAAUUAUUGAUUGUGGGCAAAUCUGAAA